AUGCCCAAAUUCUACCACGACGACGAGGCUUGGGCGGACCUCGAGCCGCUGCCCCAGGAUGACGGCGGCGUGCAUCCGCUCGCUGCCAUUGCGUACUCGGACGAGUACAGCGAGGCCAUGGGCUACCUGCGCGCCAUCAUGGCCAAGAACGAGUUCAGCGAAAGAGUCAUCAGCCUGACGGAGCACAUCAUCAGCAUGAACCCCGCACACUACACGGUCUGGCUCUAUCGCGCCAAAACAAUCGCAGAAAUUGGCCGAUCGCUGCAGGACGAGAUUGCGUGGCUCAACCCGACUGCGCUCAAGCACCUCAAGAACUACCAGAUCUGGCACCACCGCCAGACCAUCAUCGACCAGCUGGGCUCGCCAGAGGGAGAGCCCGAGUUCAUCAGCUCCAUGCUCGAGCUCGACUCCAAGAACUACCAUGUGUGGAGCUACAGGCAGUGGCUGGUCAAGCGCUUCGACCUGUUCGACAAGCCAGAGGAGCUCGAGUGGACGCACGGCAUGAUUGAGCAAGACGUGCGGAACAACUCGGCCUGGAACCACCGCUACUACCUGGUCGUUGGCGGCCGCGAAGGCACGCCCAGCGCCGCCGUUGCGGACCGCGAGAUAGAGUAUACCAAAGCAGCGAUUCGCAAAGCACCCCAGAACCAGAGCCCGUGGAACUAUAUUCUGGGCAUACUCCGCGCAGCCGGGCUGCCCAAGUCGACCCUAAAGGAGUUUGCAGGUGAGUUUGCCGACGUGGAGAAGCCCGACCAGGUGCACUCCAGCCACGCGCUUGAUCUUCUGGCCGGCAUCUACGCCGCAGAAGAAGACGGUAGGAGGAGAGCCGAGCAGGCGCUGGAGCUGUUGGCAACAAAGUACGACCCGAUACGCGCCAGCUACUGGAACUUUCGAAAAGGCCUACUCCAUGAGCCCCAGGUCGCGGCGUAG